AUGUUUGACUGUUGUUCUAUAUCGGAUGCACAUCAUAGAGCAAGGCAGGUAGAGAAACAAGUGGGGCGUAGAAGUUCAAAUUGGGGUAACAAUGUAGCAUCUUCCCCAACAAGUAAUCGUAGUACGUCAACAACUAGUACUGUUAACAAACCUAAUUCGGUUUCGACCCCAAGUAAAACUCCAAUCAGCUAUUUUGGAGGCAAGUGUAAUAAGUGCGGUGAAACUUGGCACAAAGGCACUGACUGUCGCAAAGUAGAACGUGUGAACAAGGUUCUUUUCAAUGAAGACAAUCGUGAAGAAGAUGAUUGGGUACCUGAAUAUGAUGAGUAUCCAGAGGAUGACUCUGAACCUAGUGAUGAAGUAGUUACAGGAGUGAACUUUGUAGCAAGAAGAAGUUUUCUCACUCCACGUACAGAUGAGGACGACAACUGGUUACGUAAUAAUAUAUUCCAGUCGACAUGUACGAUCGAGGGGAAAGUUUGUCGUUUAGUUAUUAAUCCUGGAAGUUGCGAGAAUAUUAUUGACGAAGAGGUCGUGAAAUGGUUUAGGCUGGAAACCAAGGCACAUCCGCAUCCAUAUAAACUUUCUUGGCUUAAGAAAGGGAAUGAGGUGAAAGUAAACAAAUGUUGUUUGGUUUCUUUUUCGAUUGGUAACAAAUAUAAAGAUAAAAUAUGGUGUGACAUUACUAGUAUGGAUGCUUGUCACUUGUUGUUGGGUCGACCAUGGGAGUUUGACAGGAAAACUAGUCAUGACGGGCAUAAAAAUACCUACAGCUUUUUAUGGAACGACGUACGUAUAGUACUUGUACCCAGCAAAGAAAUUGCACCUAAACCAUCUACCGGACAAACUACCAAUCUCUUGUCGUUUAAGCAGUUUGAAGUUGAGGCAGAAGAUGCAGGAGAACUGUAUGUGUUGAUUAGCAAAGACCAACAGCCGGAUGAAAGUAGUAUCCCUAUUGCAGCUCAACCUUUAAUUAAGGAAUUUAUUGAUGUUUUCCCUAACGAGUUGCCAGACGAGCUACCACCUCUCCGGGAUAUACAACACCAUAUUGAUCUCAUCCCUGGAUCAAGCUUGCCAAACAAAGCGCAUUAUAGAAUGAGUCCUAGGGAGCAUGAAGAACUUCGUCGUCAAGUGGAAGAGUUGUUACAGAAAGGUUUGAUCCGACAGAGCCUAAGUCCUUGUGCUGUACCGGCCUUGUUGAUUCCAAAGAAAGAUGGAACGUGGAGAAUGUGUGUUGACAGUCGAGCCAUCAACAAAAUCACAGUAAAAUACCGUUUUCCAAUUCCUAGAUUGGAUGACCUGCUAGAUCAGUUGUGUGGAGCGAAGGUGUUUAGCAAACUCGACUUGAAGAGUGGGUACCAUCAGAUCAGAAUUCGAGAAGGUGAUGAGUGGAAAACAGCUUUUAAGACUCGAGAAGGGUUAUAUGAGUGGAUGGUUAUGCCGUUUGGAUUGUCCAAUGCGCCUAGUACAUUCAUGCGUAUAAUGAAUCAAGUUCUCAGGCCCUUUAUCGGUACUUUUGUGGUCGUUUAUUUCGACGAUAUUCUUAUUUAUAGUGUUGAUAUGAACAUGCAUUUUCAACAUCUUCGAGAAGUGCUUUCAACUCUACGUCGGGAAAAAUUAUUUGCAGCCAUCAAGAAGUGUUCAUUCAUGACUGACCAAAUUCUAUUUCUCGGCUAUGUCGUAACCAAGGAUGGAAUAAAGGUAGAUGAUUCCAAGGUUGAAGCUGUAAGAAAUUGGACCACACCCACUACACUGCACGAGCAAGCCAUUUGAAUUACACUGUGAUGCAUCGAAGGUGGGAAUUGGAGCUGUUUUGAGUCAGGAAGGACGACCUGUAGCAUAUUUUAGUGAGAAGUUGAAUGGUGCUAAG